UGUCAAACUAAACACCACCUGCCUGAAAUGCAAAUACAUCAUGUCAACUUCCUACUUGUUGUUGUUCAAAGUUAAAAAUCUGGGAUCAUACUGAGGAACAAGCAGGGAUGGAGAAGCUUCUUCUGUUCAUCUUCGCUGCAUCCAUAGAUGCCCAGCUCACCCUUUUGUCUGAUCUACUCGGUGCCCAAAUCAGACUUGUUGGACCCUCCAAGUGUUCUGGACGAGUUGAGAUCUACUAUAACGGGAGCUGGGGGACGGUCUGUGAUGAUAACUGGGACAUGAACGAUGCUAAAGUGGUCUGUCAGGAGGUGGGCUGUGACCCGGCAGUAGGCGCCCCGGGUCAGGCCCUGUUUGGUGAAGGAACCGGACCGAUCUGGUUGAAUAAUGUGGGCUGUUCAGGGAAUGAAAGCAGUCUGUUUGCUUGUUCCAGCAGUGAAGCUGGACUGCAGAGCUGUGCUCACAGUCRGGAUGCUGGAGCUGUUUGUGAAGCUGUUCAGGUCCGACUCUCUGGACCCUCCAGCUGUUCUGGAAGAGUCGAGGUCUACUACGCUGGAACCUGGGGGACCAUCUGUGACAGCAGCUGGGACAUGAAUGAUGCUAAGGUGGUCUGUAAGCAGGYGGGCUGUGACCCGGCCGUCGGAGCCCCGGGUCAGGCCCUCCUCGGUGAAGGAACCGGAUCAGUGUGGUUGAAUAAUGUGGGCUGUUCAGGGAGUGAGAGCAGUCUGUCUGCCUGUCCCAGCAGUGGGUUUGGACUUCAGAGCUGUCCUCACAGUCAGGAUGCUGGAGCUGUUUGUGAAGCUGUUCAGGUCCGACUCUCUGGUCCCACCAACUGCUCUGGAAGAGUUGAGGUCUACUACGGUGGGAUCUGGGGAGCAGUGUGUGAUGGCAGCUGGGACAUGAAUGAUGCUAAAGUGAUCUGUAGAGAGGUGGGAUGUCCUCCGGCCUUCGGUGCCCCGACCCAGUCUCUGUUUGGUGAAGGAACUGGACAGAUGUGGUUGAAUAAUUUUACCUGCUCAGGCAGUGAGAAGAGUCUGACUGAUUGUUCCAGCAGUGGGUUUGGAAGUCAAGUCUGUGGUCACAGUCAGGAGGCCGGAGCUGUUUGUGAACCUUUCCAGAUCCGACUCUCUGGUCCCACUAACUGCUCUGGAACUGUUGAGGUCUACUACGCUGGGACCUGGGGGACCGUCUGUGAUGAUAACUGGAACAUUAAUGAUGCUAAAGUGGUCUGUAAGGAGGUGGGCUGUGGCCCGGCCUUUGAUGCCCCGACCCAAGCCUUGUUUGGUGAAGGAGCUGGAUCAGUGUGGCUGAAUAAUGUGGGCUGUUCAGGAAGUGAGAACAACCUGACUGCCUGUCCCAGCAGUGGRUUUGGAAAUCAAGGCUGUGCUCACAGUCAGGAUGCUGGAGCUGUUUGUGAAGCUUUCCAGAUCCGACUCUCUGGUCCCACUAACUGCUCUGGAACCGUUGAGGUCUACUAUGCUGGGACCUGGGGGACCGUCUGUGAUGACAACUGGAACAUUGAUGAUGCUAAAGUGGUCUGUCAGCAGGUGGGCUGUGACCCAGCCUUCGAUGCCCCGGGUCAGGCUCUGUUUGGUGAAGGAACUGGAUCAGUCUGGCUGACUAAUUUGACCUGUUCAGGGAGUGAGCGCAGUCUGUCUGAUUGUCCCAGAAGUAGAUUUGGAUAUCAGAGCUGUGCUCACAGUCAGGAUGCUGGAGUUGUUUGUGACCCCUUCCAGAUCCGGCUCACUGGACCCACCAACUGCUCAGGAAGAGUCGAGGUCUACUACGGUGGGACCUGGGGGACCGUCUGCAGCACCAACUGGGAUUUAAACGAUGUCAAAGCGGUGUGCAGAGAGGUGGGCUGUAGGCCGGCUUUUGAUGCUCCUGUUCCAGGAUUCUUUGGUCAAGGAACCGGACCGGUCUGGCUGGACAACGUAGACUGUACAGGAAAUGAAAGCAGUCUGGCUAACUGUUCCCACAACGGAUGGUCGUAUCAAAGCUGUGCUCAUAGUCAAGAUGCUGGUGCCAUCUGUGAACCUCUGAAGGUCCGACUCGCUGGACCCACUAACUGCUCAGGAAGAGUGGAGGUCUACUACGGUGGGCUCUGGGGGACCGUCUGUGAUCAAGGCUUUGACAUGAACGAUGCUGCGGUGGUCUGCAGAGAGGUGGGCUGUAKGGAAGCUUAUGGGGUCCGUACUCAGGCUUACUUUGGUCCAGGAACUGGAUCCAUCUGGCUUUCUGAUGUGGGCUGUWCAGGCAGUGAGAAGAACCUGUCAGACUGUUCCCACAGUGGGUUUGGACUCAAUCAGUGUACUCAUAGUAACGAUGUUGGAGUUUACUGUGAAGCCACUUUUAAAAAAGCCAUAAAAAUGAAGGUUGUGCAAAACUCAACUAUGAAUCUGAACGACCCUGUUUUGGUGAAGGGCCUACUGACAAAGCUCCGACAGAAACUGAUUCAACGGGGAGUGGAUAAAGAUGUUAACGUGACGUGGAUGAAGCCAGCUGACACAAGCAUCUUCCAAAAGAAGAAGAAACCUUUAUAAAGAACAAUAUCACAUUAACCCUUUUACAUGAAACUGUUUUAGUUGUUUUUUGUCAGUGAUCACAGUAACCUUUAGGCUAAUGAUAUUGAUCACACAGUUUAUUAUUAUUUAUUAGACUUUAGGCUGUGAUGGUGAAAGGAUUAAUAGAAGUGUUAAUAUUAGCUGUGAUUCUUUUUUCUUUUGUGAUUAAAUGUUGUAGAAUUAAACCUGUUUGUUAGUUUUAGAAAACAUGAAUGCUUUGCAUUUUUAUCCUGUUUAAAAUAAUAAUCAAUCAAUCAAACUUUUAUUAUAGACUCAAGGUCCACAGAACAAAGACAAGAGAAGCAGAUCAACAAUAAAACCCMAAAACAAACAAAACAACAAACAAAAAAAUCUAUAAAAGACAGCUGUACCCAUACCUCCACAACUGUAAUAAUAAAGAGUCUUUAAAAAUAAAA